AUCACCUGUACGACAUCCCGUCAAUCCAGCGGUGACGUGUACGGCGGAACCAAGAGAGAGAUUAACUUGCGUUCGUCUUUCUCUCUUUUCUUUCUUUUUUACUAGUUGGUGUUUGGCGAAUGGCCCACUCUCGAUCCUUUUGAGCGUAGAUCUUUUAUCACCCCCCUUCCUCUGCGCUUAUACACAAUCUUCUCCCCUUGGCAACACUCCUAGACGCGCUUCUUCUUUUUCUUCUUCUUCCCAAGAGAGAGCGAGCGAGCCAGCUCCAUCGCAGAAGAGAAUGACGGAACAAGCGCCAGCGGCUCCAGUCACUCACGCUCCAGCGGCUCCAGUCACUCACGCUCCAGUGGCUCCAGUCACUCACGCUCCAGUCGACAAGAAUGUCACUGCCGAGACGGCCAGUCCCACGUCGGUGAUUGGAACAAAUGUGAAGAGCCCUCCUUCUCCAGGACGCGCUCCUGCCGACGCCAACCACGCUCAUGCUGCUACCACCCAUCCUGAGGCUGCUCAUGUGAAGGCUGCUCCAGGAAGUCCCCCUUCCAGCAAGAAUUCCCUCUCGUCUUCGUUGAGGACUGAUGGAGGCGGAUCAAUGGAUCGAGAUUCCGCUCUUGCCAAGGUCCAACACGAGAGGACAAUGUCGAACAUCAAGGCCUGGGAAGAGAGUCGCAAAGCGAAAGCCACCAACAGGUGCGCCGCGGUGAUUGCAAAGAUCGGUGCCUGGGAGGCCUCGCAGAAGGCUGGAGCUGAAGCCAAGUUGAAGCAGGCUGAGGAGAAACUCGAGAAGAAGAGAGCCGCACUCGUCGAAAAGAUGCGUAAUCAGAUUGCAGCCGCUCACAAGAUGGCCGAAGAGAGACGAGCUCUCGCGCACGCGCAGGAAGGCGAGGAGAUGUUCAAAAUCGAAGAAACUUCAGCAAAGUACAGAGCUCAAAACAAAAAGCCUGGAGGAUUCCUGUGCUUCAAGGCCUGAAAGUAUAUGUGAUCCCAUACAUAUGCUACGACGAUCGACAGAUGGUUUGCUGUGAUCCUGUUUGGCUUGAGUUUGGUUGCUGUAAAUUAUUCGAUUAAUAUGAAAACCAAAACAAUUGUACCUGGGUGGAGA